ACUCCAUACCUUUUGGUUGUUUUGAGUUCAGUUGUUGUAGUCUUACAAGUAGAAAUUUGUUCUUUGCAAAUCACGGCCAUAUGCUGUUUGUGACGGUAAAGAUCCUUGCUUUGGUUUCUAUUGCCUUCUUACCUUCUUACUCUUCCUUCAAUCGUUUUCCAAACGUCCUCUUUAGAGGUGCUAGUGUAAGCUUGUUCGCUCUCAAUCCCGUAUCUGCUAACAAAAUGUCCGGUAACGAUGUCAAGGGCUGGGUCGAUGGCCUCAUCAAGAAACAUCAAAUCGUCGUCUUUGCCAAGUCGUACUGCCCUUACUGCGUAAGUGCUAUCGACGCUAUUAGGGGCCUAAACCCAGAUGAUUUGCAUGUAGAAAAUAUUGAGGAUAAUAAACACUGUACCGAAAUUCAAGACUACCUUGGAAGCCUUACAGGAGCAAGAUCGGUACCUCGCGUCUUCCUUGGAGGAAAGUUCUUUGGUGACUCCACCUUUACCGUAGGAGCUAUCCAAAACGGCACAUUUGCUCACGAAUUGAAAAAACUCAAAAAGGCUGACCUUUAAGUCAUGUUAAUUUUUUGUAACUGCACUGUUUAUGGUAAUUUGUAUGAAUGCGUU